AUUAGGACAUUUAAGUAGUUUUUACAAUCAUACCUUACAAAAACAGUGUUGGGAUGCUGGGUUGCAUCUUGAGACAAAACAAUGCACUUAAUUUAUGUUAAGAACUGUCAGUGCAAGAUGUUUUUACAUUAUAGUUGAAACAUUAUUUUUUUCAGGACUAAUCCCUGUCACGGAAACUGUGUUGAAAGUUAAGCUGCAUGAAUUAGUUUGCCUUGCAAAUGAUCUCUAUAUCGAGGGCCAACCAUAUUUAUAGUAAAGGGAAGUAGCUGUUUUUAACUUUUUAUGAUGCUUUGAGGAUCAGGUGAUUUGUUACAUUAAAUUCUGCAUAUAAAAAUCUGCAGUUUCAUUGCAUUUCUAACAAUACUGAAAUACAUGUUAAGUAUUCAUCUGUUUGUGUGUUGCAAAUUUAACAUCUUGCCAGCUUACAAGGUAAAUACAAAAUGUAGGCCUAAUUCAACAUUAACCUUUAACUGCAUGACAGAUUUUACAUUUAUGCAUUUGGCAGAUGCUUUUAUCCUCUAGAGAAAGUACAAAAAGGGCUUCUGUUUAGCAUAAAGUAUUGAACAGUUGACCAAAAGCCCCGUGGUAGUAUUUGUGGUUUGCAAUUAAACAUCUUCCUGGAAAUUAAAUUUUGAUAUAAAUAAUAUUAAACAAAUGAUAAACAAAUGCUGUAUGUUACUGCAUGUGAAUGUUGGUGCCUGAAAGAAGAACGAAGUCUGAAGUCUUGGUGAGUAGUUUAGUUUUAUUUAUUCACUUAUUUUCACUUAUUUGGACCAAAUCUUCUGUGGCUUUUCUUGUUUAAAAACACUUACAUUUAAUAAAGGCAGUUACAUUUUGUCUAAAAGUCUUGAUAUGCUCGGACCAGAUAGUCAUCCCUCUCCAACCCCAGAAAAAUCAGCCUGUGAGAUAUAACUUGAACCAAUUUUCUGAGCUGAUGUUUUCUGUUAACUUUACUAAGUCUUUAUGCUGUAUUGUCCAGGUGGUGAUUGCUUCACACAAGUGCUCAUCCAUGAUGUACAUCGAUUAAAUGGAAUUUCUAACAGGACAAUAAUUCUUAAGACACAAAGAUUUAAAAUAUGAUUGUAACAGACACUCCCACCUUGUAUCUCUCCAUAUACAUCAUUGCAUUCCUGAUCGGUCUCCCUAAUGCAGUACUGGCAUUCUGCUGUUGCAUCCGCAAGAUCCGCAGUAAACCUCUCCCUAUUGACAUAAUCAUGUUGAACCUCGUGAUUUCUGACCUCAUCUUCCUCACCUUCCUCCCUGUGAAGAUGAAAGAGGCAGCAGAUAAUAUGUUCUGGAAUAUGCCGUAUAUCCUGUGUCAUCUUAAUCUGUUCCUGUUCCUAAUGCCACUUUACAGUAGCAGCCAGUUUUUGACGGUGAUUAGCACUGAGCGUUAUGUAUGCGUCGCUUUCCCAGUAAAAUACAAGAAUCCGAGGAGAAUCACUUAUACGAUAAUAAUAUGUAUUGCUAUCUGGAUGUUCAUUUUAGUAACUGCUGCAUUUACUUACAGGGCUGCGUACGGCGGUUCUAAUAACGUCACUAACUACACAGAACUGUGUUACACUAACUUUACACCAGAGCAACUCCAAAAUUUGCUCAAAAUGCGAUUGGCUUUUGUAGCAGCGUUUUUCUGUAUACCCCUCAUCAUUUGCUGCUUUUGUUACAUCAAUACCAUUCGUAUUUUGUUAAAGCUUCCUCUUAUUAAACGUUGUCGCAGGCUCCGGGCCAUAGGAAUGGCUCUCGGGACGCUGCUUGUGUUCACUAUUUGUUUUGCACCUUACAACGCAUCACACAUUGUGGGCUACAUUACACAAGAAAAUCCAAAGUGGCGCAUGUACUCUUUAACUUUCUCUACUUUAAAUGCAUGUUUUGAUGCUAUUAUUUUUUACUGCAUCUCUUAUGAGAUGAGAUUGGCAUUUAAUGUCUGUGAAAAAGGUUUUAUUCAGUUUUAUGUUCGUAUAAAAAGUUUUUUUAAAGUUGCUGUCAUAUUUAAAUAAAUUGUACAGAACACAUAUGUAAAGAUAUAAGGCAUACUGGUCAAAAAAUGGUCACUAGUUGUCACCAUACUGUUUCCUUUCAAAAGUACACCAUUAAGAGUGCAUAUUAGAUAUUGUAUACAUAUUGGUUCCUAUAAAUGAUACAUAUUAGGAACUUUUACCAUAGUGAAAGCUUGGGACCAUUUUUGACCAUUUUAGUUAAACAAACACUUUAUGCAUUUAGACACAAAUCAAAAUGUAGAACCAUCUGCAAGUCUUGUUAUUUUUAAUAUGAUUUCUAUUAUAAAUGGACACAUAAUUAUGUCAUGAAUACACACUGAAUCACACUGACUGUCACAGAUUUAGUCAAGGAUGUUAUGAAAAAACCUCAGAUGAUUAUGCAGUGGAAGUUUAAUAUUUUUAUCAUAAAUUGUUUUUAAUGUGUUUGCACUCUGUAAAAAACGAUAUGUGAAAUUUUCUUUGUUUCAUGAAUAAUUGUUUUAUUUGCUUCUUUUCAAUUUUCAUUUUUUAAGUGUUUCACAUUUGGGUCAGUGACAAAAACGGUUUGGCAAGAUGAGAAAUUAUAAAACAAAAACCUUGUUUUUAAAGCAUGCAUCAGGUUUAUUUCAAUGCACAGUGUAUUUAUGUCAAUUUUAUGCAAUAAAAAUUACAUUUGCACCAUUUGUAUAAAAGUUAAGACUUAAUGGACCUGAAAGUGUCAAGUUGUGUAACCACCAAUUGUGCCAAAGAAUGAAAAAUAUUAAAUAUUUUAUCCACCUUGAUGGCAUGUAAGCGAAAUCAUCAUAUUAAAAUAUAAUUUUAUUAGUUAUUUCUAAAUGUAAAUUUAAUGCGUUAUUGUAAUAUUUGUCCUGAUAUAUGCUGAAAACAGCUUUGUUUUCUAAAUAAUCUUUGAUGUAAAAAAUGCAUGUAAAAAAUCAUAUUACACUAAACUAGAUGAUUAUAUUUGCACAUUUCUUUUAAAUAUAUUUAUUUUUUAAUAAAAAAAUACUAGUUACACCAAUUGACACAGACCGGUUACACCACAUUGACAUUUUUGCUAUUAUCCCCCAAAUAUUAUUUCAAAAUGAAAUAAGACCAGAAAUUUUAGACUUGGUCCUGAAAAAAGAGAAUGUAUGGCAAUCUGGAAAUUAGAAAUUUUAACCCUUUAAUAUUUAAUGUAACCAUACGGACACAAGAUAAUAAAUUAACGUCACAUCAUUGACCUAUUUGUUUCGGUGUGCAGCUGUAGUUUAGGUGCCUGUAAGUCAAUGUGGCUUUCCAGUAUAUUGUCAUGCCUGAUUCCAAAUUAUAGCAAUGGUACUAUAAAAAGGUAUCACACAAGUAAAGCUACAAUAUGGAGACUCAUAGAGAUUAAAAAAUUGUUUGCAAAUCUUCAGUAAUUGUGAUGUGGGCUUUUCUGCAGUUGGAUCUGUAUGUAUUAACAUUUAUCAAAUGUGGAAACUUUGUACUGUGUUAUAUAAAGAUUAUACUAAAAUAUAAAAUUUUGUUAAUGGAGGAUAGUGAGGAAUGUUGAACAGGAGUGCGGAGAAUUAAAGCCUCUUACAUUCAAAGAGUUUACAUUCUUACAUCCGUUUACUUUAUAUUGUAGCUGUUUGUAAGCAUGUAAGGUAAUUAUAUAAAAUGCUUGUAAAUGUGUUCUUGGUUUCAAUAUUCAAUCAAAUUAAAUGAUAAAAUAGAAAUUAUAUUGGAUAUCAUUCAGUUGAAUUCAUUAUUGCAUUG